AUGGCCUCGCGACCGACUGUCACCAUCAUCGGCAAGGAUGGUUCUCCCUCGGGAGCUACCCAUACCAUGCCCACCGUCUUCGCCUCCCCGAUCCGACCUGAUAUUGUCCAGCAAGUCCACACCGGAAUGGCCAAGAACAAGCGACAACCCUAUGCCGUGAGCGAGAAGGCUGGUCACCAGACCUCUGCCGAGUCUUGGGGAACUGGUCGUGCUGUUGCCCGUAUUCCUCGUGUCUCUGGUGGCGGUACCCACCGUGCUGGUCAGGCUGCCUUCGGUAACAUGUGCCGUUCCGGUCGCAUGUUCGCCCCUACCAAAAUCUGGCGGAAGUGGCACAUCAAGAUCAACCAGGGCCAGAAGCGAUUCGCCACCGCCUCUGCUCUCGCCGCCUCCGCCGUUCCUCCCCUACUGCUCGCCCGUGGUCACCAGAUCUCCUCCGUCCCCGAGGUUCCCCUGGUCAUCGACUCGGCCGUUUUCGAGGGAGCUGCUGCCGCCAAGACUGCCAGCGCUUUCGCCAUCCUGACCGCCGUUGGAGCCUCCACCGAUGUCCUGAAGGCCAAGAAGUCGAAGAAGCUCCGCGCCGGAAAGGGUAAGCUGCGAGGCCGACGUCACCGCCAGCGCCGUGGUCCUCUGGUCAUCUACGACCCCGAGGUUGACGGCAAGGAGCUUGUCAAGGGAUUCCGCAACAUGCCCGGUGUUGAGACCUGCUCUGUCUUUGCCCUGAACCUUCUCCAGCUCGCCCCUGGUGGCCACCUUGGUCGUUUCAUCGUCUGGACCUCGGCUGCCUUCAAGGCUCUUGACACCAUCUACGGCACCACCACCAAGCCCUCCGAGCUGAAGAAGGACUUCCUGUUGCCUUCCAACCUCGUCUCGCAGGCCGACCUGAGCCGUCUAAUCAACAGCUCCGAAAUCCAGACCGUGCUGCGAGCGCCCAAGGGAGGUCGCGUCACCAAGCGCGCCAGCGUACAGAAGAACCCUCUGCGCAACAAGCAAGUCAUGCUGCGCUUCAACCCGUACCACUCCACAUUUGUCAAGGAGAACCUGGGACAGCAGAAGAAGGAGGCCGGCAAGCCCCUGAAGACCGCGAAGGGCUUUGAGGGCAUCCUGGCGGAGGACUAG